AAGUAGCUGGUGCUGUUCCCAUUUGGCAUAUGAUGAAGCAGGUUCAGAAAAAGUGAAUGACUUGCCCAGUAAUCUUAUUAGGUGAUGGAGCUGGACAUGUUUCCAGGACCUUAGUGUCCCGAGGCACUUUGGAUUCAUCGUCCUCAAGGCUGACCCAGUCAGAGGUCAUCAUGUCAAAGCUGAAAAGCUCGGAGUCGGUCAGGGUGGUGGUCCGCUGCCGGCCCAUGAACGGCAAGGAAAAGGCUGCUUCGUAUGACCAGGUGGUGGAUGUGGACGUGAAGCUGGGGCAGGUGUCUGUGAAGAACCCCAGAGGAGUGGCCCAUGAAAUGCCCAAGACCUUCACCUUUGAUGCCGUCUAUGACUGGAACGCCAAGCAGUUUGAACUCUAUGAUGAGACGUUCCGACCGCUCGUGGACUCGGUCCUGCAAGGUUUCAACGGGACGAUUUUUGCCUACGGACAGACUGGGACUGGGAAAACUUACACGAUGGAAGGAGUCCGCGGGGACCCUGAGAAAAGAGGAGUCAUCCCUAACUCGUUCGACCACAUCUUCACCCACAUCUCUCGCUCUCAGAAUCAACAGUACCUGGUCAGGGCUUCUUACCUGGAGAUCUACCAGGAGGAGAUCCGCGAUCUGCUCUCGAAGGAUCAAACCAAAAGGCUCGAGCUCAAGGAGAGGCCUGACACCGGAGUGUACGUGAAAGAUCUGUCUUCCUUUGUCACCAAGAGCGUGAAGGAGAUAGAGCACGUGAUGAACGUGGGGAACCAGAACCGCUCCGUCGGCGCUACCAACAUGAAUGAGCACAGCUCGCGCUCUCACGCGAUUUUCGUCAUCACUGUCGAGUGCAGCGAAGUGGGCCUCGAUGGUGAAAACCACAUCCGCGUGGGGAAACUGAACCUUGUAGAUCUCGCUGGCAGCGAACGGCAAGCCAAGACGGGUGCUCAAGGGGAAAGACUGAAGGAGGCAACCAAGAUCAACCUCUCCCUGUCGGCCUUGGGGAAUGUCAUCUCUGCCCUGGUAGACGGCAAAAGCACUCACAUUCCUUAUCGGGACUCAAAGCUCACCAGGCUCCUCCAAGAUUCCCUCGGUGGCAACGCGAAGACGGUCAUGGUAGCCAACGUAGGGCCUGCCUCCUACAACGUAGAGGAGACUUUGACCACCCUGAGAUAUGCCAACCGUGCCAAAAACAUUAAGAACAAGCCAAGGGUCAACGAGGACCCUAAGGAUGCCCUCCUUCGAGAAUUCCAGGAAGAGAUUGCUCGGCUCAAGGCCCAGCUGGAAAAACGGUCCCUUGGCAGGAGGAAGAGGCGAGAGAAGCGGAGGGAAGGUGGUGGCAGUGGCGGGGGCGGGGAGGAGGAGGAGGAGGAGGGAGAAGAGGGUGAGGAGGAAGGGGAUGAUAAGGAUGAUUACUGGCGGGAGCAGCAGGAGAAACUGGAGCUUGAGAAGCGGGCUAUUGUAGAGGACCACAGCUUGGUUGCAGAGGAGAAGAUGAGGCUGCUGAAGGAGAAGGAGAAAAAGAUGGAGGACCUGCGGCGGGAGAAGGAUGCAGCCGAGAUGCUGGGGGCAAAGAUCAAGGCCAUGGAGAGUAAGCUGCUAGUUGGAGGAAAAAAUAUAGUAGAUCAUACGAACGAACAGCAGAAAAUCUUGGAACAGAAGCGACAGGAAAUUGCAGAGCAGAAACGUCGAGAAAGAGAAAUCCAGCAGCAGAUGGAAAGCCGGGAUGAGGAGACUUUGGAGCUGAAAGAGACGUACAGCUCGUUGCAGCAGGAGGUGGACAUCAAGACCAAAAAACUCAAAAAGCUCUUCUCCAAGCUUCAGGCCGUGAAGGCCGAGAUCCACGACCUGCAGGAAGAGCACAUCAAGGAGCGCCAAGAGCUGGAGCAGACCCAGAAUGAGCUCACCAGGGAGCUGAAACUCAAGCAUCUUAUUAUAGAAAACUUUAUCCCUCUGGAAGAAAAAAGUAAGAUUAUGAACAGAUCCUUCUUUGAUGAAGAGGAAGAUCAUUGGAAAUUACAUCCGAUAACCAGACUGGAGAAUCAGCAGAUGAUGAAGCGGCCGGUCUCCGCCGUGGGAUACAAGAGACCAUUGAGCCAGCACGCAAGGAUGGCCAUGGUGAUCCGUCCAGAGGCCCGAUACCGGGCAGAAAACAUCGUGCUGCUAGAGCUGGAUAUGCCCAGCCGGACCACCAGAGACUACGAAGGCCCAGCCAUCGCCCCCAAGGUGCAGGCUGCAUUGGAUGCAGCUCUGCAGGAUGAAGAUGAGAUCCAGGUGGAUGCAUCAUCCUUUGAAAGCACUGCAAAUAAGAAGUCCAAGGCCAGGCCUAAGAGUGGAAGGAAGUCGGGAUCCUCCUCUUCCUCAGGAACCCCUGCGUCCCAGCUUUACCCGCAGUCUCGGGGGCUGGUUCCCAAGUAGAGGCCGGUGCUGCCUCUCCCAGGGCAUAAGCGAGCAUUUGCCUUCUGCGAGAAGAGACGAGCACAAGCUGCAGAGAGGACUGGAGCCCGGGCUCCACACCGUUCCCCUGGGGAGGCGCGAUGGCCCUUGUGGAGUACCCAGCUUGGUCUGAGCAAGCCUGCUGCUCCCGACGAGGCACUCGGUUCCCUGGGCAACGUCUUUUCAUUAGCAUCUCAGAACUGCAUGGGUAAGGUAAAGUACGGUAGUCCACGUGGAAAGCAAGAGAAUGAGCAGUGACCUUGCUUCCCCCUCCCUGCCCUGGCACUGUCCCCUCCCCUUUUCCGGCCUGUUGUUUAUCGGGGCUCCCUUCUUGCUGAACAGUGGGCAGAAUCGAGUCACCCUAGGAGGACCCUUUGGAGCCUCAGGAUAAAAUGACAGUGAGACUGAAAAGUGGACGCUGUAGAACUUGAAUGGGUGCUGUUCUUGUAGGGAAGACAGAGAAACCACGUUUGGCCCCGUGCCCCAGGCGGGCCCAUCAGCCCUCUGGCUUCCAUGCACCCCAGUAAGAAGUGGACCUGCCCUUGGGGAAGACCUGAAUGAGGACUCUCUUCUGAUUGCUGCUCCUGAAGGAUUCAAUGUCAGUGGUGUUCCCUUCGCCUCUGUGGAGAGCUUAGGGAAGCAGCUUCUUUAAGACCUCAGAUCCGAGACCACCCCAUCAAAGACCUCUGUCCGUAAGCUGGUGCCACGUCCACACAGCAUGCCACUCUGCUCCUCAUUUGUAUCCACUUUCCCCCAUGCGUGCAGGCUCGGAGCAUCCUUGCGGGGGUCCUCUGUCCUCUGCCUCCAGAGAGUGCUGUGCAGUGGGAGUGUUUUCUGGGAGAAGGGAGGCUGGUUCUGCCUUCUCAGAUGGGACUAGAGCUGCGGGAUGAACACGAGGUGGCACUUUGGUGUCCCCCACUUUGUUGCCUCUUGCCAGGGAGCAGAAGAGCAGCCAGGCGGAGGUAGAAAUGGAGCCAUGGGAGUCAGUGCAGUGGAAAGGGAAGGUCUAACAGAUGGAAACCAAGGAACCCUGCCCGCUUUCUGCAGAGAACACGGCGAGUCCCAGAACUGUGGCUCCCCCCAGCUGCAGCCCGAGAUGCUGGUGGGGAGUGGCCAUGUACUUGAAUAGGCUAGAGGAGACCUAGGAGAGAGUUCCAAUUCCAAUUUACAUAGAUUAGUUUGCUUUGUAAGUUUUAGUUUUCAUAUUACUGGGAUUCAAAGGUUCAUUUUAUGUUGGUCAUUAGAUGAAUUUUCCUUAUUUUUGCCCCAAGAGAAGCUUAUAGGUGUGUGUGGGUGUGCAAGCAGAAGGUGCCUGUGUCCUGUGAGCGUGUCUGUGUGUGUCUGUAAGAGAGUGCGAGAGACCAAGAACUUGCCCAAUUUUAGAAAUACUCUAAUGUGCGGUUUUUGCCUUUUGUCUUUAUUAAAGGCCCAUUGAAUGACUAGUCCAGGCUGGAAGCCCUCCCUUGCGGGCAUAAAAUCCAUGAGCCAAGCCUGAGCGACAGUCUGAGUCCCCAGGUCUGCCACACUGGCGCACCUUGCUGGCAUGGUGCCCCAGAAAGGUGGUGACUCGGGUGGGCCUGGAGUUACAUUUUAACUAAGCUGCCCAGUUCCCAGGGCACAUUUCUGGGUCAGAGCCCGUGGGAAAGAGAAGGUACCAAGUGCAAUGUCUUAGCAUUCCGUCAGAUGGAGAUCUGCCGUCCAGUAGCCCAUCUCCUUUGCCGUAACCAUUCUUUCUGAACAGGACUCUGUGCAGCACUUCCCAGAGCCUCACAGAGCCUUCCCUCGGCUUUUCUUGGAUCAAAUCCUGUUUCCUUCUUACUUACUAAGCGUGUGUCUGACUAGGAGACAGAUACUGAGGUGUGUAGCCUACGUUGGUUGGCCACUGGCGACAUGUCCCUGGCACCACGUUUCCUCAAAGCUAGUCUGAAUUCUACAAGCCGAAAAUAUCUGUGUUGCAGAUCAGAGAGCUGAAAACUCGAGCUCACACUAAACCUUAGUACAGGUGUCUCAGAAUGGCAGUGCUGACCAAAGGUGGUUAAGUAACGCAGAGAACUUUACCAAGAAGGCAAACAAAGAACGCCACGGUGACCGACAGGGUUAUGGAAACAGGCUUGCCUUGUGCAAGGCUGUAUUCGUGGGGUGUGGAACAAAGGAGAACACUCCCUGGGAAAUGAAGCUGUCCCUUGCCAAGAGUUUCUGGUGCUUUUCUUCUCUCAAAAUGGAUCCGAUAAAUAUUCGAAUCAAGCAGAUGGUAGUGUGUCUUGCUGCCAUCAGAGCUGCUGCUCUGGGUUCUGAAUUGAGCCAAGUGUGUAGAGGACCUACCAAGCCCACCGAGGGGCCAGGCGUUCAUAUCUAGUCACGCUAGAACGUUCCAAGCCAUCCGAGGGCCCUCCUGCCAGCAGCAGCUGGUGAGGUGUGGGAGCGAGUCUCUAACCGGAUCUGAGAAGACCUCUGGGAGAAGGAGGUGGAGGCUGUGCACGCUCAUCAGAUCCACGUGUGCGCUGAUCAGUAGACUGUGUCUGGCUUCAUACAGAAAGUCGCGUGUCUCCUAGACCCCUGGAAUCCAAACCCAAGGCUACAAAAUCAUAGGCAUGAAGCACUUUGUUAGGGCUCGGACCCAGCGCUGGACUGUUCCCCAUCGCAGGCCUGCUCGCUGCUCCAACUGCUCCACCCACCCCUCCCGCGACCAAGGGCGCCAAGUGCUCUGCCACUCAGGCCUGGGCCACUCGCCGCUUUUCCCUGCUGACUCUUGCAAGUCCUCCCUGACUGAAUGUAGAAUCGUCGCCAAGUUUCUGAGAAGUGUCGAGUCCCCGUUACCGUGGGAUGUCAAAGCGUGCUGUGCACAACACCUAGGACCACCUGAACCCCAUCGGUGGACAAAAAUGGGCUGUUAACAGACGCCAGAAGCUCGGAGGACGCUAGAUAAGGAAGUGGCCCGGCUGUUGUCUGCUACACAAGGCUUCGCUAGUGCUGUCCAGAAAGCUGCCGUCUCUCUCCCGCCCGUGUUUGUUGAGUGAAAUGCUCUUGAGGCUGUUUAUGAAAGGAGCGAUCCCAGACAGGCAGGAGGCGUGUGGGCGCUGUGGCUCCUUGGAGUUAAUGUUGACCUUGACCUUCUCUUUGGCUACCUUUAGACAAAGAAUAUGCCGAUACUUGGGGUUCUGAGUUUUACAGUUGAUAUUUAUUUGUAUCAUCUCUUUGUCUAGGAAUGUAAAAGUGAUUCUAAGCUAAGAUGUGUAAUAAAAAUCAAUCAGAUUUAUUGUACCUACAAAAAUUCGUUCUCAUAAAUGACUAAUGCUUUUGAAAAUGACACGCCUGUGGCUGGCACACUGGCAUUCUUUACAAAUAUUUUAAUUUUCCUAGUGAAAGGUGGGCGGGAGUGGAAAAUGAACACCAAGUUGGAACGCGGGCACUUGAGGAAUAUAGCAACAAGGGAAAGGGGCAUGAAACGCAGACAGACAGGGUGAUGGCAAGCACUUUCCACGUAUUUCCACGGAGGUCCUUGAGACAGGCCUGGGCAGCAGGCGCGAAAUUUCUUUUUGCUUCUCUGUUCUGUUUUUUAGAUUCCUUUAAAUUUAUUAAACUUUAAAAUGUAUCUAUGUAUUUUUUAAACCACAAAA